GCGGAUGCAAAGAUGGCGGAAGAAGAGAGUCAGUUUGAAGAAUUUGAGCAAAUAGACUUUUUAAGAGAUAGACAUGUACGGUUCUUCCAGAGAACACUUCAGGUGUUACCUGAGAGAUAUGCCUCACUUGAAACAACAAGGUUAACUAUCAUAUUUUUUGCCCUGUCUGGUCUGGAUGUCCUGGAUGCUCUGGAUGUCAUCGAUAGAAACAUCAUGAUCGAGUGGAUCUAUUCACUACAGGUUUUGCCCACAGAGGAUCAGUCUAACCUCAGUCGUUGUGGCUUUCGAGGAUCAUCACAUAUUGGAAUUCCUUACAGCACCAAGGGUCCAGGUGUGCUUCACCCAUACGACAGUGGCCAUGUAGCCAUGACCUACACUGGGCUGUGCUCCCUCCUUAUACUAGGAGACGACCUGAGCAGAGUUAAUAAACAGGCUUGUCUAGCCGGUCUAAGAGCACUGCAGCUGGAGGACGGCAGUUUCUACGCAGUGCCAGAAGGAAGUGAAAAUGAUAUUCGGUUUAUCUACUGUGCAGCCAGCAUCUGUUACAUGCUGGAUGACUGGUCAGGCAUGGACAUCCAAAAGGCCAUUGAGUACAUCAGAGGAAGUUUGUCAUACGAUAGUGGGUUUGGCCAGGGAGCAGGACGAGAGUCACAUGGUGGCUGGACUUACUGCGCCAUAGCCUCCCUGUGUCUGAUGGGUCGCCUGGAGGAGGCGCUGAGCCAGCGGGAGCUGGACAGGAUCCGACGUUGGUGCAUCAUGAGGCAGCAAACCGGCUUCCAUGGGCGCCCCAACAAACCUGUAGAUACAUGCUACUCCUUUUGGGUUGGAGCUACGCUGGAGCUGUUAGAUGUUUUCCAGUACACAAACUUUGAAAAGAAUAGGAGCUUCAUCCUCUCAACACAGGAUCGGUUGGUGGGAGGAUUUGCCAAGUGGCCAGACAGUCAUCCAGACCCCCUCCAUGCUUACUUAGGUUUGUGUGGCCUGUCUCUGAUCGGAGAGCCCAACCUGAGGAAGGUCCACCCAGCUCUUAACAUCACCCAGAGAGCCUUUCAACACCUCCAGCAGCUGCAGCAGACGUGGAGAGACAGCACUGGCAGCUGCAGCAGACAGCACUGACAGUGACAGCAGGACGCUCCACAGCUCUGUCUCUGAACAGGUUCAGCCAUCAGGAACGUCUAACAGUAGGCUGUGAAAGACAACCAGACUUCUGCUGUGUGUGGCCUUCUCAUUUCAGGAAGGUUUUAAAGACUGCUGUUUUACAUGGAGCUCUCUGUGUAAAGUGACUUUUUUGUUAAGCAAUAUAAGCCACACUUUUUGCUGCCUUUUUAUCAGUACAAUGUAGGGAAUGAUGGUGUGUAUUGGGGUAUGCUGAAGGAAGGGAAAUGAUGUGCCAGAAAGUCAAAUUUGAGUUGCUGGAGAUUUGAGAAAAUUCCAGAUGCCUCGACUUUGCAAAGAUCUUUUAGAUCAUGAAGCUUUGGAGGCUUCCUGGUCUUUAGCAUUGUUGUCAAAAUGGACAACAAAGUCUGCUGUAAACCGUCCUAUCCUUAAUGAGCCGUGAAGCAAACUCCUUAGAAACAACCUCAUAGUAUUCAUUAUAACAGCUGAGCUGGGAACAAGGAGGAGGGCUUGGGAAGCAUUUUGUCAAACUGAUGACUUCAUUAGUUGAACAUGUUUUAGCAGGCCGCUCAUAUUUUGAGACAAUGACUCACUAUGUGCUUAUCUGGAUUAUCUCCCCUCUUAUCAAGACAAAUUUGGGGGAAAUAUUGAGGAGAAAUACAGUGUUUUUGUCCAAGCAUUUCCCUCCCUGCCUCUCUGUUUGUCUAGGAUUUCCAUCCUUACCUUAAAAGAUCUUAAAAGCCUUAAGCUCAGAAGUCCCAAAUGACUGAAUUUGGUCCCAAAGGUGAUACCAGCCUUGCAGGUAAAUUCUCCCUUCAGCUCCUUGCAGUUUCACCACUGCAGGCUUUGUUCAGUGAUGGAGAGAGAUUCAAAAGAUAAUGGACCAGCAGUUCAGAUCCAUCUUAAGGGCCAAAGCUAUAUUUCAGAAAAUAAAAUUAAGAGCACCCUAGAAAGAUUAAACACUGCGUUUAGCUACAGGCCUUAUCUUUUCAGAUCACAGAUAUUUUCCUUUCGGUUUCCCUGAGGCCAACAGAAAAAUAGAUCCAGUCUCUAAAGGGACAGAGGUGAAAACCCAGCUUUCCUUCUAGGUAUUUCCCAUCAAUUCAAGCCCUUCUCAACAUCCCCUGACUCCUGAACCUUGAACUGAUCAGAGCUGCUCUUCCUUCACAAGUUUCCAUUCUCCCUUUAAGGCACCAUGCAGCCUGAAAUCAAUAAGACAAAAGAUGAAACAGCAGCAUUGUAACUUGGGGAUAUGUACUCUUAAACAGCACUGAGAAUUGACUUGUUAUUUUAGGAACAAAAGGACACAGGGAAAAGAAAACAAAGAACAAUGCACAUGCUGUGCCAUACAAACAAUCAAACGCUGUUGUCACUUCCCUUUGAGUAUGAAAAUUUCCACCAAGACCAAGGUUUUGUACACCUGCACUCUUUGGUGCUAUUUAUGGUCAACACAGAUGUUCAUACAAGUGACCCUCAGCCUUUAUUUCUUGUGAUUUGAAGUAGAAAUUAAAUCUUUACAAGAUCCUUACAUAACAACUAAGGGUGAGAAUCUCAUGAUAAAUUGUGCUGUACAAUGUAAGAUUUAAAGCCCCCCCAAAAAAGGAGUAUCAUUAAUGUUGCGCUAUUUCUGCUAUAUUUGAUACAUUGCAACACAAUUAAAUAAGUUAACAUCACAACAUAUGAUCAUUUAAAGGAUAUGAAGUGCCACUGAAAGGUAGGGAUGUAACAGUAUUAAAAUGUCAUGGUACGAUAGUACCUCGGUAACAAGUCCACGGUACGGUAUUUGUAGUGUACAAAGACUGCUUUAGUGAUGUCGGCUUUAAUCAAAUUAUGCUUGCACUUUGAAUAUUACAACAUGUGCAACAAAGUGCCAUAGGCUCAAGAAAAUAGUGAUACUUUGGCUCCAGUGUUUACUAACCCUCGAAGACCCUCACAACUGAAAACAACUGUAGAUCUAACAUCCAACAUUUUCACGCCAUCAAGAUCAAGCCAGUGAUGAAAGAUGAUGGGUAAGAAAGAGCCAGUAUUUACUGUAAUUCAUGUCUCCCUUCAUUCUGCUCCACUUAAAAAUCAGCACUUUUUCCUUGAAGACCUAUCAGUUGAAACGAUCCCGUGUCCACUACGGUAUUGAGAUGCUUCUGUUACCGCAAUACUGCAAAAAUAACAAUACUGUUACAUCUUUAAUAAAAGGUUGAGUGCAGGAUUCAGUGGACCAGUUUCUCUUCCAUUAAAUACCCAGUAUGUACAUGUCAUCUGCAUGGGGCUCUUUGUCAGGACAGUAACACAUAAAUAUGACGGGCAGAGACCAGGGCCCAUCGGCUCCACCCAUCACCACCAUAUACUUCUUGUUUUGAAUUAAGGACUCUCAAAUGGCAUACAGUAUAUCCUCAACAGAAAACCAACGUUUUAUUUUCAUUCAUACAUUUCACAAUGAGAGGGAAAUGCACUAAAAAAAAAAAAAAAAAACUUCCAGGUUCGCUUUGGAAACGAUCCCAGAAUGUACAUGUGCACAGGAUGCAAUUAGAGGUGGAUUCAAUUGGAUUCGAUUACGAUUUAUAGGGUUACGAUUCGAUUCAUAAUCCAUUAUUGAUGCAUUUUGCUGCGCUUGUUUUUUUUCUUUUUUUACAUUUCAGUUGUUCACAUUGAGUCAAACAUAAUAAAAAAAUGUUUAUAAAAAUAGAGAUCAAUUAAAUUUCCACCAUCCACUAAUGGGAGAUGUGUGUAAACUGGAAAUUUACAUUUGAACUGUACCAGAGGUAUCAGCAUCCUUUCCUUGUAACAUAUCUGAAAUUACAAACAUAAAAAUGUCCUUUUUCACAGAUGAACAACUGGUAAUCUAAAUCUUGCUGUUAGGCGCUGCAUGUCAGAAUUCCACCUUUUUGUUCCUGCUAUUCCACAGUAUUAAAUAUUUGAAUUCCUAACGAUUAUCAAUUAUUGGGCAUUUAUUAAUUGAUUCAAAAUCUUCCACCUCUACAUCACGAUGCAUCAAAGAAUCAAUUUUUUUUCUCUCACCUCUAGAUGCAAUGGAAGUGCUUCCAGCAGAAUGCACACAUGCCUUUUUUUAUUUCUCUCAUGAGAGAUUUUUGAAUGAAAAAAGGAUGCUUCUCUGUUGAGUAAAUGCACCUUAUGGGGUACAGUUUUUAUUGAACAGUGUCCUCAGUUCAAAACAAGAUGUAGAAUUGAGAAGGGUGGGGGGGGGUCCGUGCUAUAGAGGUGAGUUUUGGUGGUUGAACUCCCAACCUAUUGCAGCCUCUGUUAAAUAACCUUCUGUUACAGUUGUAAGAAUUAAGAAAUUGUCUUUGAAAAUGUAGGAAAUAUUUGAGCUACUGUAAGACCUCAAUUUAAAAAAGUACAACAUAAGAAUAGUCACUUUAAAGAAUAAUAUAGAUAUUUCAGUCAAGAAAUUCUACAUACUGUAUCUUUAAACAAGUAAGGUCAAGUAUAUAUUUUACCAUAUUGAUAUUUUGUCCCUCCACUAAUAAGAUAUAUUCUAUGUAAAUAUCAGCUCAGUGCACUUGUCCUUAGCGUUUUGAUUCCAGCAAGCAACAUUUCCAGCUUCACAGGUUCCUGCAGCCCCCUGCUGAAGCCACGCCCUUUGAUUAUAAGGCCGUUUUCAGAGCCAACACCUGCUCUCUGAGACAGAGAGCGAGGAGGCGACAGUUUAUCAGCAGGAGAGAAAUACAGUGGCCUGUAACACAUUACCUGCAGGAGUGUUUUGUGUGAGACAUCAAUUCUGACUAGAUAUAAAAAUAGUAUCCACCUCUGUGUUUUCCCUCCAAUGACUGAAAUGAACCUGGCCUCGUCCUUCUCCCCCCGCCAAGUUGGCCUGGUUUUUAGAUGUAGAAAGCAGAGCGGGGAGACAGAGGAAAGGAGAGAAGAGGGGCGGAGAGAUGGAUAAAUAAAUAAUUUGACACAUCUAUUAUUGAAAGUAAACUGUCGGAGGCUCAAUGUCCUCUCUGAACCCUGACCAAACCUGCGGUGUUGUUUUAGUGCAGAAACAAUUGGUCUUUUAUCCAAAUGUUUCCUGUAGAGCCAUGUAAUUGUCUUUGCCACAGUCUUUCCCCCUGCUGACUUCUACUUUAGCCAUUUUUGUUGCAAAAUUUUUGUCAGCAUGAGAUAUAAUGAUAUCACCUUUGGGAAAGUUCAGACUUCUUGUGCUGCUGUUAAAUUGGCAACUGAUCAUGGCAACUAGCUUUUCAAUAAGUUAAAUUACAGCUCUGGUAAAAAUAAGGAGACCACUGCAAAGUUAUUUCAGAUCUGGUUCUGCUAUUUAUAGGUUUGUAUUUGUCUGAAAUGGAUAUUUUUUUUGUUUUGUUGUAGACAUAUUUUUUCCAACACCCCAAUUUCCAAAUUAAAUACAUUUUUACUUAUUGGAUGCCAUUUUAUCACAUAGUAAUUGCCCAAUUCUUUGUUUCAGUAUGCCUAUAGGGAUCGAUCAAACUUGAUACAUUAUGAGGGACUCUGACCUUGCUGAUGGGGCCAGAGUCCUUCCUAUAAAUGUUUUUGUGUCAACCAAACUCCAUCUUGAUGCUACUCUAUUCUAUUCAUUGUCAUUUAAUAGGUAUACUUUUUAUUUAAAGCACACCUAUGAUGGCUAUAUCUUGAGGUCCUAUGGUGCCUCGUAAUCAUCUACCGUUCAAUGUUGUUAUAGUUAACUAAACCUAAACUAAAAUGUAAACAUCAUUUUGGUUAACUAAAAACUAAGGUUUAUGGGAAAAACUACCUAAAACUUAAAUGUGUGCAUACAAAACUAAAAUAAAAUGCAAUAGGGACAAAAUGUUCUUAGUUUAAGCCCCUGACUACAGCAGACUGACCUGUACAUUAAGCCUGGAGAGAGGAAAAAGGCCUGAUUUGAUUCUAGAAGACUUUAAACGACAGUUUAUUUUAGGUCUUGAGUUGUAUUAAACUUGAAUUUGGGCCUUUUGGAUCUUGCCCCUGACAGGUAGUCCAUAUUACCGCUAAAACUAAGCAUGUUUGCAAAAUAAAAACUUAACUUAGAAGAAGAAAAAAUGAAACUAAAAUAGGAAAUAAAAAGUUGAAAGAAAAUAAAAAUAAAAACUAAUGAAAAACCUCAAACUAUUAUAACCAUGCUACCUUUGCCUAGUGAUAAAACCUCUUAUAUCCUACAUGAUAAGGUACUGAUUUGGUGACCACCUAAAAAGCCAUAAAACAAAUACAAACUGCUCCACUGUCCAGAAUUUGACCUCUCGGGAUCCAUAAAGUCUAAUCUUUUUUGGCCAUGAGUUACCUAACAUCACCCAGCAGUAUGACUGCUCCCAGAAAUGACUGGGACCCUGAAAGGCUCAGAAGAUGAGCCCUCUUCAGAGAGCCCAGCUUUGGAGUGAACUGAAAAAGCAUGGCUAUAUACAUUGACACUACUGUCCUAGUCCAAUGGGCCCACGCGCCAUGUUAAUAUUACAAAGAUAAUACCUUUUAGCAAUGUUCUCUCUCUUGGGGGUCGCCAGAUGCCUUCUAAAAGAUAAAGAAUAUUUUUAAAUGAUUUCAACUGGUAUGUUCAACCAUUUCAGAAGAAAAUAAAGGCAUGAAAUUAGUUAAAUGUCAAAUAAGAACCUGGUUAUUUGGUGAGAUUUAUGCUGAUUUAUGCGCCCAUAUACAGAGGCCACAGUCCUCAGUGCAUUAGUUUCAGAUUUGAACUCCAACUCCUGCUUGGUGCAUGAUUCCCCUACUCUCUCCCCAUAUUUCCUGUCAGCUGCCCUUCAGUUAAGUGCAAAAAAACAAAAAUAAUCACACAAAUUAAGAUAGAAGAACCAGAGAAAGGUUUUUUUUUUUUUUGCAAUGGUGUCUUCAUUUCUCUCUGGAACUGUAAACUGUAUAUCUACCCUCUUGAUUUCUUAUUUAAAGAAAGAUAGCAUUUUUUUAUACAGAACAUGUAACAAUAGGCAAGAAAAGAAGGAAAGUAAUCUGAGUGGUCCUGAGUCAAAAAAUGCACCAAAACAAAGCGAUUGUGUCUCCAAGUUACUGCUUCUAUGGCUGCCUUCUGCUUGGAUUUGUGUGCUUACAAAAGGAAGAUCCUCCCUGAAACUUGAUUCUGAAACUUUAAAAUGUGCCUCCUGUAUCAUUAUUCUGGGUCACUGCUCACUGGAUGCUCUCUACAUGAACAGUAAGCUUAAAAUGGGCAUAGUUUUAGUGUCUUUACAAUGAAAACCACUGAUUCUACAUAGAAGAGACUGAAGGUGUGUCUCGAACUAUUUGGGCAUUCAGUUAUUUAGCAGAGAAGUUUUCCUCCUCCUAUCUGGUAGUAGAGAUCACUUAUCCAAUCAGACACAGGCUUAGUGACAAAGGUUAUUUAAUCUUCAUGUCUGAUUGAUGAUGAUUUUCCAACAAUGGGGAAGAUUUAAUUUCAUCAAAAGCCAUAAAUGCUUACAUGACAUAAAACAGGAUGACAGCUUGGAUGGAUCUGCGUCUCAUUUUUGCUACAUCACGCUGCGGCGGUUGCUCUCAGUCCCACAGCAUGAAAGGAUGGGAUGAGGCUUUUAAGCAAGACUGCUGGGAAAGCUGCCUGCACGCCCAAGAGACGUAAAUCAAUAUUUCCUUUUUUGGGGUGAAGCCAAAAUGACACAAACGGACAAUUUGAACCCUUUGCUUCAACAACAGCUGUUAUACAUAUGUAAUAAAUAAUGUAACAAUCGUAUUGGAAUUUAUUUUUUCUAUGCUUUGUAGAACUAUUGAGUGUAGAUAAACAUGUAAAUGACCAUAAAUAUGUGACUUCUUUUGUGCAAGUGCUAAGAUAAAACUAUGUUUACAGCUGCAGCUACCAUCAGUGAGAUGGUUUGAGGAGUUUAAAUACAAAUGUCAAAGGUAUUCUAGCCCUUCAGCUUUGAAUUUGCGGACACAGGGAUUUUAGCUCGAGGGUGCAUACUGUAUUUAUGGUAAAUAAAAAGGAGUACUAACUUUUUCAAA